AUGCCGCCUCCCGUGGAGGAGUGGUCGGAUGAGGAGUCGGGCGACAUUCCAUUCACCACCGCCCCGGAAACCAAGGAAGCUACAAACAAUGUGGAAGAAGAAGAAGAAGAAGAGGAGGAGGAUGAAGAUGACGACAAUGAAGAGGGAGUCUUCGUCGUUGAGGAAAUCAAGAAACACCGAUAUGAAGUGGAUGGUACACUCUUUCUAUUUGUGAAAUGGAAGGGCUGGCCAGCGAUCAAAGACCAUACCUGGGAGCCUGAAAUCGGACUCAAGGAUGGUGCUGAGGAUAUGCUGGAUGCGUAUUACAAGAAGAUCGGCGGUAGACCCGAGAAGCCAGCCGAGAGGGGGGCUAAGGGCCCCGGCAGGAAGCGCAAGUCCAUGGCGGGAAAGAAGGAGACACCGACUACCACCCCGACUGAGACUAAGAGGCGUCGCCAAUCCGCACCAAAGAACGAGUCCAAAGACGACGUCAAGGCUGACGGAAACACCCCGGCAGAGAGUGAAGACGACGAGUCGUCCGACUGGGUGCCCAAGAGCCAAAACUGGGACAAGGAAGUUGAAUCUGUCGAUACCAUUAUUCGUGAUGCCAAUGAUCAAGGGCUUUAUGCUCUGCUCCUCUGGACAAAUGGCAAGCGGUCGCGGAUUCAUAUCCAGAGUUGCUACGAGAGGUGCCCAAUGAAGAUGCUAAAGUUCUACGAGAAGCACUUGGUUUUCAAGGACGGUUGA